CGAGCGGAAACGCAUGCGGAAAGCGCAGAGAGGAAUGUGUCUCUGCUAGGCAAAACGUGUUUCUACGUUAAUUUGUUGGAAACAUGGCGCCGGUACAACAAGAACCAGAGAUCCAGUUCGCUCAAAGAUUGGCUUCUAAUGAGAGGCCCAUGCGAACAAAAGCCAUCAAGAAGCUAAGAAAAUAUAUUCGUGUUAGGUCACAGAAAAUCCAAGGUGGGUUUGAAGGUGACGAGUUACUCAAACUAUGGAAAGGCCUCUUUUAUUGCUUGUGGAUGCAGGACAAGCCACUUCUUCAGGAGGAGCUGUCGAAUCAGAUCUCUGGCCUGAUACACAGCUUCCAGAACAUCCAGAGCCAGUUUAUGUUUCUGGAGACCUUCCUGCAGACGGUCAAAAGAGAAUGGACCGGCAUUGACAGGCUUCGCAUGGAUAAGUUCUUCCAGCUGGUUCGUUUCGUGUUCAGGAACACUUUUGAGAUGAUGAAGAGGAAAGAAUGGGAGACCAGUGUGGUGACCAGGUUUCUGGAGCUCCUGACUGCCCAGGUCCUCCACAGCUCCAGCGGAGCUCCCUGUGGAUUACAGUUCCACAUACUGGACAUCUAUAUGACCGAACUGGCUGCAGUCGGCUCAGCUGAGCUCACAGCGGCUCAGAACAUGACAUUCAUUGACCCUUUCUGCAAAACAGCAUCUAAAACAAAAGAUCGGAUCUUGCUCAGGGCUAUCUGCAGCAGCAUUUUCAGCGCCAUCGUGGACCAGGCUCCCUUCGCCAUCGAAGACCUGUUGAAGGAAGUGAAGGCUACAGGUGGAGGGGCUGAGGAGUCUGACUCGGGACAGGCUUCUGAAGAGGAGGAGGUAGAGAAGGAUCCCCCCAAGGGCAAAAAAACUGCAAAGGAAGCUCUCAAGAAAACCAUUGGAGGGCAGACCAACGGUACUGUAUCAACUGAGGAAGAUGAUGAUGAUGAAGAUGGUCUGGGCGAUGAAGAUGAUGACGAAAUGCUUCAUAUGGAGAGUGACUCUGAGUCUGAGAUGCCAGAUGACGCGGGGAUCGGACCUGUUCUCCAGUUUGACUACCUUAGCCUGGCAGACAGGCUGUUCGGGCUAGCCAGACGCAGCAACACCCCUAGCCACAACAGACAGAGACUGUACAAAGUCGUCAAGACUCUCCGGGAUCUCAGUGAAGGAGUCUUUCCACAGGAUGAGUACCCAGAGGAGGUGUCGACAGAUGAGGAUGAUGAUGAAAUGUUUGGCAGCAGAAAGAGGAUGAAACGGGGACGAGGCUUCGGGGAGGAAGAGGAAGAGAGCUCACCAGCCAAGAAAUGGAAAGGCAAGAAAAAAGACUCCAAAGCAAGAACGUCUGACCAGACUGCCGCAACAGAUGACAGUAAACCAGCAGAGACUCCCGGAGACUCCAAUAACAAGAAGAAGAAGAAGAGGAGGAGGAAGAAGAAGAAGACUGGAGAGGUGAAGACUGAAGAGCAGAACGGGGUGGUUGAGAAGGACACGACUCCUGCUUCUGCACCGCAGACGACAGACUCUAAAGAAGCAGAGACUGAGCCCUCUCUCCCAGCCAAGGAGACAGGGGUCCAAUCAGGAACCAAGGAGAAGGCCAUGGAGACAGCGGUCCAAUCAGGAACUCCACAGGAUGUAGUGGUAGGUAGCCUGUCAUCUGUCACAGUCAUGGAGGUAGACCAGAAGAAACAAUCAGAGACUCCGGUACCAGAUGCCACAUCUUCCAAGAAGAAAAAUAUCAAGAAGUCCAAAACGCCUGCACCGAAGCAGAAGGAAGAGGUAGCAGAACCAGCAAAGUCUGCCCCUGAGACUGCUACUACCACCCCAAGCAGGAGGAACAAUACCAAGCAGGAGCCUGAGGAGCAGACAACCGUAGAGGAAGUUGAAAUGACAUUAGAAACAGUAGACGAGGCCACCCCAUCGAAGAAGAAGAAGAGGAGGAGGAGGAGGAACAAGGUUAAACAGACCGCCGAGACAGACACAACACAGGUGGACCUUGAACCAGACUCUACCCCAGCCGAGGAGCCUCCAGUUGACCUCCGCAUCGCCGCCACUCCCCUGAAAAAGAAGAAACUAAAGGUGGCAAAGGCUGGAGAGGAGAGCGCCGGGGGUGAAAGGCGGCCAGAAACUGAAGCAGACGUCCUUGUUGUAGGCACCAAGGUGGAGCCAGCAUGUGUCGCUACAUCAGCCCCGCUCAAGAAGAAGAAGAAGAAGAAGAAUGCCAAGGCUGAAGAACAGAGUGUGGAGGCCGAAAGUGAAACCCCGCCGAAAGCAGACGCAAACCUCACACUGAUGGACGCUGAGAUACAGACGCUGGAGGCCGCCACACCUACCCUACUCAAGAAGAAGAAGAAGAAAAGCUCUGGACUGGUAGCGCAGGAGCCAGAGACCACGACAGUGGAGGAGAGCGUGUCAGAGGAGCAGCCUACAGAUGCUGACCUGGACACGCCCCUGAAGAAAGGGAAGAAGAAGAGGAAGGUCCCGGUAGUGAUAGAGUUCGAGGCUGAGGUCAACGGGAUGGCUGGAGGCAAGAAAGCCAAACUGAGCAACGACGGCAAAGAGCUGUCCACGCCGGUGAGCGCCAAGAAAACAAAAAAAAUGACGCCCAAGAAGGCAGGGGCGGAGUCUGACUUCAUCACGUUCCAGAACCAUGCCACCAUCCCUACUCCCCUUUUCUUCAAGACCACCAAGGGAAGCCCCAGCACACCGCUAUCCAGCAAGAAGAAGAAGUGUCAGACUCCAAAGUCCGAAUCCAAGAAGGUUACCUUCGGACUCAAUAAAAACAAAACUGCAGGAUCCCCAGAGUUCAGGAAGACUGACCGCAGCCUGCUGGUGAGUCCAGAGGGGUCGUCCCGAGUGCCGUUUGACCCCCAGCAGAAGCCCCUGUUUGGGGUCCUGAAGUCCCCAGAGGCCUCUCUUACCAAAAGCACUAAGAAGACCAAGAGCACCCUGAAAACCACCCCCAAACGCCCCACCGCGGCUGACUUCUUCUAGUCUUUCUGUGAGGAGACUGGUGAGACAGAUGACCGUCCCAUCCCCACUGUUUGUCUGCCAGGAAUAUAUAAUUAUAAACUGAAUAUCCACAGAUUCCCCCGUUGGGAAGAGAGUGAUCUUGAUAUACAAAUGUUUUUUUUUUUUUUUGUCAUUUCCAAUUUUCCCGUGUUUUGCUGUUCUGUGGGUGAGCAAGUGUUCAAAUAAAGACUCACUUCCUCAUUUUAGUGAA